AUGACCACCACAAGCAUUCUUACCUUCUUUUCUGCAGCCAUCUUUAAUUUCGCCCAAAAUGAAUCUGUUAGGACACAUCCCAUUUGGCAGAAAAUAAGUGAUCCUGGAAGCAUUGCAGAGGUACUUAAGCAAGUUUAUGCAGAUCACUCAACAGAGGUUGAUAAAGUGUUUUCCCGUAUCCUUAAGACAGCACAACACCCAGCAGCUGCUGCAUCCUUUGUCUCAAUUAUGUGUGCUCCUCGGGCACAACUAUCCUUUUGGGAGGCUUUAUCUAGGUGUCAAGCGAACGAUGUACCAAUCUGUCUCAUAUAUGGAAAAGAAGACCCCUGGGUGAAGCCUGUGUGGGGUCUUCAGGUGAAAAGACAGCUGCCAGAAGCUCCAUAUUAUGAGAUCAGGCCUACGGGUCACUGCCCUCAUGAUGAAGUUCCUGAGUGGGAGUUUAUUAUAAUGUUCAUAGUUACUGGUGAAAUCUUGGAUGAAGAAAUUUGGUUUUGUUGUUGA